UUUGUGGUGAUAUGAGCCAUUUAUUGGCCUUUACUGUUUGCUUUUGAAAAUGUGGAAAUGCGUUCAGUAGCAGGUAUAUCUGGAAAGAGUCAGAUACUGUUUGCUCUUGUAUUCACCACAAGAUACCUUGACUUAUUUACAUCUUUCAUCUCAGUUUACAAUACCACUAUGAAAGUUUUCUUCAUUGCCUCAUCGUAUGUGACUGUAUACUUUAUCUACCAACACUUCAAGGCUACAUAUGACUCAAAUCACGACACUUUCCGAGUGGAAUUCCUUGUUGUGCCAGUAGGAGGACUUGCCUUUCUUGUUAAUCAUGAAUUUACACCACUCGAGAUUCUAUGGACCUUUUCGAUCUACCUCGAGUCUGUUGCCAUUUUACCACAGUUGUUUAUGGUAAGCAAGACUGGUGAGGCAGAGACUAUCACAAGCCACUACUUGUUUGCCCUAGGCUCAUAUCGAGCUCUCUAUCUGCUGAACUGGAUCUACAGAUACUACUUCGAGGGAUUCUUUGAUCUUAUUGCAGUUGUAGCAGGAUGUGUACAAACAAUACUCUAUUGCGAUUUCUUCUAUUUGUACAUAACUAAAGUGGCAAAUCCAGUUGCAGCUAUUGAAGAACUUGUACAUGUAUAGACUUUGUACUCUUGCUAAUACACUAAAGUGCUGAAAGGCAAGAAGAUCAGUUUACCAGCUUAGACAUUGUGACAUAGUGAAUUUUAAUUAAAAUCUAGCUUCAUAUCCUGAACAACAGAGAUUUCAGUGAAGAACAGCUGUUUUGUAUGCCUCAAGAAAAAUGUGUAGGACUGAGUGACCUAAAUACAUAUUAUUAUUUUAAAUAAACAUCCAUGUACCAUCAGAUCUCACCUUGGCAUGUGGUAAAAAAGUAAAAAUAGGUGCUUAUUUUCUACUUUACAUGUUUAUUUAAAAUAAAAUGUAGAGCUGAUUGAAAGUCUUUGGGCAAAGAAUUAGCUGCAUAGUUUUUUUUCAGGGCCAGGUGUGUUUUGCUUGUACAUGGAUAGGUUGGGACUUCUUAUAUAUGUGAAAACCAAGCAGAAGUUCUGUCAGGAUAUAUAUGAAGCUUUGUUUGGUUGCAACAGUGUACAUUGUAAAUAACAUUUAGGGGAUGAAUGAAUGAAACUAAAUGUUGGAUGAAUGUAUUGUAGCUUCUCUCUGUUAGCAGAGUCUAAAAUGGACCAGCCAGUUUUGUGAUGUGUUGGAUACUGCAGAUUAUUUUGUAUUUGUUGAAGUUUUUUUUUUUCCAACCAUUUUAACUGAAUGUAUAUGGCAACAACUUCUACAACUGAACCUAAUUUACAAGUUUUUUACCAGUGAAAAUAGUUUAGCAGGAGCAAAGGAAAUGCAUCAGAUGCUAACUGGCACCAAAAAGAAACUACAUGCCAGUAAUACAUAUGCUGCAAUAAACAAACAUCUAUUUUACUAGAAUUCUAUCUUCUUUUACUUGCUAGCUUAGUUUAUUGAUCCACCUGUAUUUGAUAAAUGUUGAAAGCCAUUUUCAAAUAUUUAAAAAGUGUAGAAUUUUCUCCCCUUUGGAUUUUAUUAGCAGUUUUUUGAAAUAUUGUUGAAUUGGUUUGGAGAUGUGAAAUUAAGCUUUUUGAGAUACUUAAUAAUUUCAAGGCUUUUAUGAUGUAAAUGAAAACUGUAGUAAAAAGCAGUUCAUAUUUUAAAUAUUGGGUCAGAGAUACCACAGAAAAUCAAGUGCUAAUUGUUAGACGUCGGACUGCUGUAUAUACCACCUUAUUUAUUGGACCUGAAAUCUAGUCUCUUUUUGCGUUUUGUUACAAUGGCUUGGAGGUGGUUACAUCAAUGCCAUAGUAACAGGUAUUGGUUUUAGUUAUUUUCUUAUUAAAGAAUUUUGAAAAUUUGCAGAAAUAGCCUUGAAUAUAUUUCCGUUAAUAGAUUUUCUACAAAUGAUCUGAUGUUAUCUUACAGUAAUUGUUAAUUGGACUACUUCAGCAUGAAAAACACUAGCAUUGAUUCUAUAUAACUUAAUUGCUACAUUGAGAAAAGGCCAGGAGUGUUAGUGUUGCUAUAUGUCAGUAUUAUUUCUACCAUGCUGGUACAUUUUACAUGGUAAGUAUGAACUGCUUAUUGUACAGCUUGUUGGAGGACUCGGUGGAGAGCUGUGCUUAAGUUGUUACAAUAUAGGAGAGAUCGCCGUUUAUCAGUUUAUCAGGUGGUGGGCAAAAACAAAGUUUUUACACCGUUUGUGUAUGGGUUCGGAAUUUUUUAAUUUUAAUAACUUUUUCGCUCAUUUAUUAAUUUUCAAAAUUUAAGGAGUUUUGAAAAACAAUUUUCAUAUUUUCUUAUUCAAAUAUCUUUUUUAAAUGAAUAACCGUUUUAAAUGACAUUUAAUUUUAAUAGUGGCAUAGUGAUGUUCAAAACUUCAAGAAAAACACUAAGUUAAGCGUUCAUAACUAAUCCAUUUUAUGUCGAAAUAUUAAAAUAAUAUUUAAAAUUAAUUAUUAGAUUGCUUGUUUUGUAAGCUUUCCAUUGAUCAAAAAAAAUAUUUAUAUAAUUUGUUUUAAAAAAGUUUAGGCCGUUAGAAAAACAUGGAAGUUCGGCAUCUGCCCGCCCGAUCAGUCUUAUCAGUUCUAAAAAUAGAAAAUAAUACGGAUUUGUAUACAAACACGAUCUCUGCUAUAAGUUACGACAGUUUUCCAUUCAGCCCUAUAUAUAUGUAUUACUUCUUGGUUUGAGUAAGACGUAAACAUGAAGUAAUUUUUUACUUGGGACUUUUUAAUCAUUGGAUACUUGACCAUUGGUGUAAUUUAAUAUUUCAUCACAUAUUACAUGUAUGUUCAGUAAGCUGGUGCAAAGACUAACCGUGAAAGUGGGAUCAUUAUUUAAUUUUUGAAGUCAGUAUUUCAUACCUGGAGUACAAAAUGAGGUCAGACUAUGAUAUUACCUUUUGCUUAUUAUCAUAUCUUUUAGGAAACUGUAAUGUUCAACAUAACGGUAUACUUCCAUGAACCUGCUGUUAAAAUUUUAACCCCAUAAAUUUUAUUGAUGUUUUCAAACUUCCUGUUUUUUUUGCAUGGUUAACUACAUGUAUAUUACUAUUUACUAAUGUAAAUUUUUUAUAUGCGUUGUAUAGUUUUAUUACAUCAGACAUUUUGGUUAUUGGCGUAUCCGUAUUUGAUGAUUACCAACAAUUUCAUUGAGACUACUUUCUUAAUGAUGGAAAUUCUGUUGUAUACUUAAAUAUUUGGUUCUCGUAUUGGGAAAAUAAAUAUUGUUGGAAACAUUUAUGUAUGGAAGGAAUAUGUAUUAUCAUAGUUUGUAAUAAUUUGCAUUUCAUUGAUGGUGUUAUUUGAACAAAAUGAUGAAAAAAGCAUGGGGUAUUUUUAUAGAUCUUAAAGCAAGAAUCAUGAAGACUAGAUAUAUCUUUUAAAAUACUUUGUUAAUGCAUUUGCAUGGAAGUCAUUUUAAUAUACACAAAUGGCCUUUGUCAUGUCUGUAUCUUAGAACUUUGUAUUUACACGUAUAUUGUAAAUAGAAGAAGUUUGAUAAUAUCUUGAUGAAAUAAAAUGCCUGCCAUAAGUUGCAAAGAUGAAAA